UUAUUGUUACAAGGGAAUUCCAUCCGAACAUCUCCCGGCCAAGGUCAGAGAGAUACCUUGGCUGGGCUGGGCUUUCCAGUCUCCUCCUUUCCCUGCUUGCCAGGGAUACUCCUACCUGGGAGAAUGCUGCUGGCUGCCAGGAAUGCUGGGGGCAUUGGGGAUGGCCAGCCUCAUCCUGCGUCUCCUUACAGAUGGGGCUGGUGAGGAGCUGACGCACAGUUGUGUAGUGCCUGGAGUCAUCAGCACCUACAGACGGAUCCAGGAUGCUGCCAAUCAGUGCCCAUCAGAGCCCGGGGAUGGAGGUGGUGAACUGACAGGUCUUGGCAGGCAGGUGCCGCUUCUCAAACUGGCUUCCCAGGAUUCAGGAGUGGAGAUGGCAGUUGGGGACAUCUCUCUGGCCACCUCGCCAGGCCUUUCUCAGGACUCUCUGGACUUUGAGCCUGUGGGGAGUCCUGAGCCCCUGGUCCUUGCUGCUGUGGAGCCUCCUGGCCAGCUAGACAGGCUCCUGGCCAGCCGAAAGCUGGAGCAGGUGCUGGAGCGGUCCCGCCAGCUCCCGAUUUCCUCUGCCAGCUUGUCACGACACCAUCGCCCUCUCCAGCUGCUGAGCGAGACUGAGUGUGAAGUGCCCCUUUUUGGAGCUGGGGAACAGGAGGCCAUUGAGGCAGAAACUGACCUAGAGGCAGGCCUGGAAGAAGCAGAGGUGAUGGGGAGAUUGGAGCCUGAAGCCUGGGCCACCCUCCCAGGGCAGGGUCUUCGCUACCUGGAAUACCUGUGCCUGGUGCUGGAGCACAUGGCGAGGCUCCAACAGCUCUACCUGCAGCUGCAGACCCAGAGGCCUCAGGGGGUGAGUGAGCCACUGGGUGGUCAGGAUCCUGAAGAGGAAGAGGCGGCUGUGGCCCCUUCACCUUCAUCCCCACGUUCCCCAGGCAAUGAGGUGCAGGAGCCUUGGGAGCUGCUAAGCCAGACAAAGGAGACAGGAGGAAAAGCAGCUGCACCCUCAAAAGGGGGAGUCCUCAGCGCUAACCUUGCCAGCCUGCCCGAGGCACCCGCAGAGCCGAACCAUCCCUUUCCAUCCUCUCAGGGACAUAAGCGGGAUCUCUCCCACUGGGACAAGGUCAAGGUCCUGCUCAACCGGAUCCGCUGGAGAAGACCUCGACACCCUGAGCCCCCUGGGCCUCCUGAAGGGCCCACCCCCAGGGUUGAGUCAAGGGACCUCCUUGAAAGACCCCAGUGCCACCCCAUUGGAAGACCUUUAUGCCAUCAUAAGUGAUUAAGAAAGAAUGAGCACAAAACCUUUCUGUCUGCUAAGACUUCCUGGUGCAGGGACAUGACCCUGGGUGGAGGGGGUGUGCAGUGAAGUCUUCUUUCUCGACCUUUGUCCUGGUGCUGCUUCUCAUCAUUGCCAGGAAAAGCUGCUGACGCCAGCCCUCUCUGUGAGCCAAGGGCUGAAUCUUUCUCCUCUGAGCAGCUUGGCAGCUGCCUUGGUUUCCUGACAGGCCCCGAAGUGCCAGAAAUCCCUGGGCUUAUACAAUGUGAACUAACUUAUUUAUCAAACAUCCUCAGAGCGUGUUUGGUAUGGUAAUCUGUCCGGGCCCAGCGUGUUGCAGAUAUGUAUUUAUGUAUAAUUGUAUCUAUAUAUCUAUAUGAGACUGUCAAUGUUGUGAACUGGCUGGAUCCAACCACCUCUCCUGGAAUAAUGCACCCAGAAGGGUCAGUCUGUUUGGGUGAUGUAAUGGCAGAAGGAUGGAACUGCUCUUCACUCUACAGUCAGCAGUUACUGAUCUGGAUUUCUUCUUUCCUCCUCAUGCCUGCAUGGGCAACCAUGGUACAGAGACUAGUGCUGCCUUGGCUGUACCUGAGUCGAGUCUUGCUCCUGGAGCAGAGCCCCUGAAGACUGCAACAAGAAUGGGGGUGGAUUAGGGACAACAAGGGGAAGGUGGCAUGGGGAACUUCAAGGUCAAUUCCCGGCUGCUCUGCUCUGUACUGACUUUUACUGUCGGCUUUAAAACCAGAAGCCCAUAGUAACUUUUAGAGCUUGAGAAAGUCUUAAUUUUUCUGAGCCACAGCUUCCCACUUAAUUUCCUGAAUGAGAGAAUGAUGCCUGCCCUACCUACCUCACAAGCUUGAUAUGAGGAUAAAAUGAGAUUAAAAUGUCUCAAAGUG